UUCUGUCUCUUUAUUCCUUCUUUCUUCCCCUUUCCCUGGCUUAGGGUUUUCCGGCAACAAAGAAAAUCCCUAUCUUUAAUGUCUCAAAAUCUUUCUGUUUAUUCAGAAAUCUCACUCAACGCCUCCUUCCAAACACGCGCAAUCCCCUCCCCUACAAUAUCUAGGGUUUCCAAUUGAUUCGUUCGACUCAACAAAGAUUCGAUCCAUGUUAGGGAUUCUCGCGUGAUUGACGCUCGGCGGCGAGCGAGUUGACAGAUUGCGGGUUGGGUGGAUUUUGUAUGGAAACUCGGAGCCGGAAGCGGGCGGAGGCUUCCUCAACUGCCCCUUCAUCAUCUUCCUCUGGUCCCACCACUCGCUCCAGCAAGCGCGCGCGUCUCUCUUCUUCUUCCACCGCCACCGCCGCCUCUCUUUCUUCCGUCAACACUCGUUCCCGUCCAUCUAAACCUAAGGAGCCCGCACCUCCCAAGAAUCUCCCUCCCAUGGACCCUACAAAUGAAUCCUCUGCUUCGCGCCGUGAUCGCCGCAACAAGGAAAAUUCCGAUAAGGGUAAGGAGAAAGAGCAUGAUGUUAGAAUUAGGGAUAGGGAUUCGGACCGAGGGUUGGCUUUGAACAUGGACGUUGGCGAGGAUGACGAUAACGACAGCGAGGGUGGUGUUGGAAUUUUGCACCAGAAUUUGUCUUCCGCGAGUAGUGCACUUCAGGGGCUUCUUAGAAAGCUUGGUGCAGGUUUGGAUGAUCUGCUUCCGUCUUCGGCUAUGGGUUCUGCGUCUUCCUCUCAUCAGAGUGGGAGGCUGAAGAAGAUCCUGUUUGGGUUGAGGGCUGAUAGUGAAGAAGGGAGGCAGGUUGAAGCAUUGACGCAGCUGUGUGAAAUGCUUUCAAUUGGAACCGAGGAAUCGCUUAGUACGUUCUCUGUUGAUGCCUUUGUUCCCGUGCUUGUGGGGUUGUUGAAUCACGAGAGCAAUCCCGACAUAAUGCUUCUUGCGGCCAGAGCGUUAACUCAUUUAUGUGAUGUGCUUCCGUCAUCUUGUGCUGCUGUUGUGCAUUAUGGUGCAGUGUCAAUCUUCUGUGCCAGGUUGCUCACCAUAGAGUACAUGGAUUUGGCUGAACAGUCUCUUCAAGCUCUAAAGAAGAUAUCUCAAGAGCACCCCACUGCCUGCCUACGAGCAGGUGCUCUUAUGGCCGUCCUUUCUUAUUUGGACUUCUUUUCAACAGGAGUUCAGCGUGUUGCUUUGUCUACCGCUGCAAAUAUGUGCAAGAAGCUUCCUUCAGAUGCAGCUGAUUUUGUGAUGGAAGCUGUUCCUCUGCUGACUAACCUUCUUCAGUACCAUGAUUCCAAGGUUCUGGAGCAUGCAUCUGUUUGUUUGACUCGAAUAGCUGAAGCAUUUGCAUCAUCUCCAGACAAAUUAGAUGAACUGUGCAACCAUGGACUGGUAACACAAGCUGCCUCCCUCAUUUCCAACAGCAGUUCUGGAGGUGGUCAGGCUUCUCUCAGCACACCAACAUAUACCGGAUUAAUCCGACUCCUUUCAACUUGUGCGAGUGGAUCCCCUCUUGGAGCUAAAACUUUGCUACUUCUCGGAAUUAGUGGUAUUCUCAAAGAUAUUCUAUCUGGUUCCGGAGUUUCUUCUAAUGCCUCUGUUUCUCCUGCAUUAAGUAGGCCACCAGAGCAGAUAUAUGAGAUUGUAAACCUGGCAAAUGAGCUUCUGCCUCCAUUGCCACACGGAACAAUUUCUCUCCCUAUCAUCUCCAACAUGUUUUUGAAAGGGCCAAUUGUAAGAAAGUCUCCUGCUGGUAGCUCUGGGAAACAAGAAGACACAAAUGGAAAUGUUCCUGAGAUAUCGGCUCGGGAGAAACUAUUAAAUGAUCAGCCUGAACUACUUAAGCAAUUUGCGAUGGAUCUCCUCCCAGUUUUAAUACAGAUAUAUGGUUCUAGUGUCAAUGGUCCUGUUCGGCACAAAUGUCUUUCUGUCAUUGGAAAAUUGAUGUAUUUCAGCACAGCAGAGAUGAUCCAGUCUUUGUUGAGUGUGACAAAUGUAUCAAGUUUCUUAGCUGGUGUCCUAGCAUGGAAAGAUCCACACGUUUUGGUUCCUGCCUUGAAAAUUGCUGAAAUUCUUAUGGAAAAGCUUCCUGGGACAUUCUCCAAGAUGUUCAUUAGAGAAGGUGUUGUGCAUGCAGUGGACCAACUUAUUUUAGCCGGGAAUUCAACCAGUAUCUCUACACAGGCAUCUUCUGCUGAGAAGGAUAAUGAUUCUAUAUCUGGAGCAUCGUCUCGGUCUAGGCGUUAUCGGCGGCGCAGUGGGAAUUCCAAUCCUGAAGGAAAUCCUUUGGAUGAUUCAAAGGCUCCGGUUUUGGUUAAUGUUGGUUCACCUCCCAGUACUGUGGAUAUUCCAACAGUAAAUACUAGUAUUCGGUUAUCUGUUAGUACAGCUGCUAAAGCUUUUAAAGAUAAGUACUUUCCUUCAGAUCCUGGGGCUGCUGAAGUGGGUAUUACUGAAGAUCUUUUGCAUCUGAAAAAUCUUUGCAUGAAGUUAAAUGCUGGUGCUGAUGAUCAUAGGACUAAUGGAAAGGGGAAAUCUAAAACUUCUGGAUUUGGUCAGGAAGAAUAUUUAAUAGGGGUCAUAGCUGACAUGCUAAAGGAGCUUGGCAAAGGAGAUGGUGUAUCUACUUUUGAAUUUAUUGGUAGUGGUGUUGUUGCAGCUUUGUUGAAUUAUUUUUCUUGCGGGUAUUUCUCUAAAGAUCGACCCUCGGAAACCCACCUUCCCAAGCUUCGCCAACAAGCGCUUACAAGGUUUAAGUUAUUUAUAGCUGUUGCGCUACCUUCCUCUACUGAGUAUGGGACCGUGACUCCUAUGUCUGUUUUGGUCCAGAAGCUUCAAAAUGCUUUGUCCUCCUUGGAGCGUUUCCCUGUUGUGCUGAGUCAUUCAUCUAGGUCAUCCAGUGGGAGUGCACGCCUCUCCUCUGGACUAAGUGCAUUAUCUCAGCCGUUCAAGUUGCGGCUUUGUCGAGCCCAGGGUGAUAAGUCACUUAGGGAUUAUUCAUCCAAUGUUGUACUGGUUGAUCCGUUAGCAAGUUUAGCAGCCAUUGAGGAAUUUCUUUGGCCUCGUAUCCAACGAAGUGAAUCUGGUCAGAAGUCCACUGUACCUGCUGGAAAUUCUGAAUCUGGGACAACUCCUGCAGGAGCUGGGGUAUCCUCUCCUUCCACUACCCGUCGCCAUUCUACUAGAUCCAGAUCAUCUGUUAAUAUAGGUGAUACAUCCAGAAAAGAAAUUGCUCAAGAUAAAAGCACAAGCUCUUCUAAGGGCAAGGGAAAAGCUGUAUUAAAGCCUGCACAAGAGGAGGCAAGAGGACCUCAAACCAGGAAUGCUACUCGCAGAAGAGCAGCUCUUGAUAAAGAUGCACAGAUAAAUCCUGUAAAUGGUGACUCUACUUCCGAGGAUGAAGAUUUGGAUAUAUCUCCUGUUGAGAUUGACGAGGCAUUGGUGAUUGAAGAUGAUGAUAUUUCUGAUGAUGAAGAUGAUGAUGACCAAGAAGAUGUACUGAGGGAUGAUUCGCUUCCUGUUUGCUCACCUGACAAAGUACAUGAUGUGAAAUUGGGCGAUUUAGCUGAAGAGAGUGCUGUAGCUCCUGCAACAAGUGAUGGUCCGACUAAUGCCGCCUCAGGUUCUAGCAGCAAGGCUGGUACAGUCAGGGGUUCAGACUCUGCUGAUUUUAGGAGUGGCUAUACUUCAAGCUCAAGAGGUGCAAUGUCAUUUGCUGCUGCUGCCAUGGCUGGACUUGGAUCUGCCAAUAGCAGAGGCUUCAGGGGUGGAAGAGAUCGACUAGGGCGUCCUUUGUUUGGUAGUUCUAAUGAUCCUCCAAAGUUGAUCUUUACUGCUAGUGGGAAGCAGCUUAAUAGGCAUUUGACUAUAUAUCAGGCAAUUCAACGACAGCUUGUGCUAGAUGAAGAUGAUGAUGAGAGAUUUGCUGGUAGUAGUGACUAUGUAUCCAGUGAUGGAAGUAGGUUGUGGGGUGAUAUUUAUACUAUAACUUAUCAGAGGGCAGAGAACCAAACUGAUAGGGCUCCCCCUGGAGGUUCAAACUCUAAUGCUUCAAAGUCUGGCAAAUCUGGUUCUGCAUUGAAUUCUAGUUCUGAAGGCAAGCUACAUCAGAUAUCUGUAUUAGAUAGUAUCUUGCAGGGAGAAUUGCCCUGUGAACUGGAGAAAUCUAAUCCUACAUACAAUAUAUUGGCAUUAUUGCGGGUGCUAGAGGGCCUGAACCAACUUGCAUCUCGUUUGAGGGCCCAAGUGAUUACUGAUAACUUUGCAGAGGGGAAAAUUUUGGAUUUAGAUGAACUAAGUGUUACCAGCAGUGCUAGGGUUCCUGCAGAGGAAUUUAUAAGCAGCAAACUUACUCCAAAAUUAGCUAGGCAAAUACAAGAUGCCCUUGCCUUGUGCAGUGGGAGUCUUCCCUCAUGGUGUUACCAGUUAACUAAGGCAUGCCCUUUUUUGUUUCCUUUUGAGACACGGCGACAGUACUUCUAUUCAACUGCCUUUGGGCUAUCUCGUGCACUGUAUCGCCUUCAGCAGCAGCAGGGUGCUGAUGGUCAUGGAUUAACAAAUGAAAGAGAGAUCAGGGUUGGGAGAUUGCAGCGCCAAAAGGUUCGUGUCUCUCGAAAUCGUAUUUUGGAUUCUGCUGCUAAAGUGAUGGAGUUGUAUUCUAGUCAAAAAGCUGUACUUGAAGUAGAAUAUUUUGGUGAAGUUGGCACUGGUCUGGGUCCCACUCUGGAGUUCUACACACUUCUCAGUCAUGACUUACAAAAAGUUGUACAUCAAAUGUGGAGAUCAGGUUCUUCAGAGAAAUAUGAAAUGGAAGUUGAUGGAGAUGAAAAGAAAAUGAAAAGUAGUGAAGGCUCUUUUGUUGGAGAUGGAGAACUUGUUCAAGCUCCUCUUGGGUUGUUUCCUCGACCUUGGCCUGCAAAUGUUGAUGCAUCUGAGGGUACUCAAUUUUCUAAAGUGAUCGAAUAUUUCCGGCUAUUAGGCCGUGUAAUGGCUAAAGCUCUUCAAGAUGGACGCCUAUUGGAUUUACCAUUGUCAAUGGCGCUUUAUAAGCUUAUUCUUGGUCAAGAGCUUGAUUUGCAUGACAUUCUUUUCAUUGAUGCUGAGCUUGGGAAAACUUUACAAGAGUUUAAUGCCCUUGUUUGCCGGAAGCGUUAUAUAGAAUCUAUUGGUGGUAGCGAUACUGAUACAAUUGCUAAUUUGCAUUUUCGUGGGGCCCCAAUUGAAGAUAUCUGCUUGGACUUCACACUUCCUGGUUAUCCAGAUUACAUCUUGAAACCUGGAGAUAAAAUUGUUGACAUCAAUAAUCUAGAGGAAUACAUAUCAAUGGUGGUUGAUGCAACUGUUAAGACUGGAAUCAUGCGUCAAAUGGAAGGAUUUAGAGCAGGGUUCAAUCAGGUUUUUGACAUCUCAUCUUUACAAAUUUUUACUCCCCAAGAACUGGAUUACCUGCUUUGUGGCCGUAGAGAAUUGUGGAAGACUGAGACACUGGCGGAUCAUAUAAAAUUUGACCAUGGUUACACUGCCAAGAGCCCUGCCAUAGUUAAUUUGCUUGAAAUUAUGGGAGAAUUCACACCAGAGCAGCAGCGUGCCUUCUGUCAAUUUGUUACUGGUGCACCUAGGCUGCCACCUGGUGGACUGGCAGUUCUAAAUCCAAAACUAACUAUAGUGAGGAAGCUUUCGUCAAGUGCAGCUAAUGUUUCAUCGAAUGGGAAUGGGCCUUCAGAAUCGGCUGACGAUGACUUGCCAAGUGUGAUGACUUGUGCAAAUUACCUGAAGCUUCCUCCUUAUUCUACCAAGGAAAUUAUGUACAAGAAGCUACUUUAUGCAAUCAAUGAAGGCCAGGGAUCCUUUGAUUUAUCAUGAGUUUCUGGAACAAACCAACCCGGCCCUGUAUGUUAAUAUGAUGAAUCAGGGUUUACUCUCGAGGCUUAAUUAUUGUUUGGUUGCAUGUACUUUCCUCCCUGCUUCUCAAAUAAUGGCCUCGCUUGGAACACGCUCAUCAAAGGCGGUGACGUGGUUCUGUUGAAUCGGAUCGCCACAUUUUCAAGGUGUAAAGGGAUUUGCGGAGCUCGUUUUAGCUGUAAUAACAUGUAAAUAGAAUAGGAAUGUUGAGUAAUUUCCCUCCCUAAAUUUUUUAUCAUUCUGUUUUCAAGUCAAUUUAUUGGCAUUUAGUUAUUAUACAUGUAUGGAAGAUGGUAAAAGGAAUAGAAAUAAUAUCAAAUACUAUGUUUUCGAUUUAUUUAUUUCAUGUUACGAGCUUUAUUGUGGUAAAA